CGUGACCCGAGGUAGUUCGGUUAAGCAGUAGAAAAUGAGUGAUCAAGUGUCAAGAUCUGUUUGGAAUGAAAACCUGCAGCCACACGAGCCCUUUGCAGAUGAGACUGAACACCACGGUUUAGAGCUGAUGGGCAGGAUGAUGAGAAAGGGAGGGAUGGGAGAACCCUGCUGAGGAAACCAUUUAUAUCUCCACAAUAACACUGGUAUGGAAAGAAAAUGGGCAGCACAGCUAAUUAUCACAUUUUAAAAUUGCCAUAAUAACAUUAUAUAAUAUUUAUAGUAGGAUAUAGUAGGAUUUAGUAGGAUAUAGUAGGAUAGGAUCUAGUAGGAUUUAGAUUUAGAUUAAAAAUAUAAAAAUACUUAUUAAAUAAUAUGCUCCAUUAACCACCACUGUGGAGUGUGACAUCCGAAAUAAAUCCAAGGCUGAAUAAAGGCUCAAACAAAAAAGGAAAAAAUUCUAUUUUUAGCCUCUGGUAUAAGUGUUCAUAACGCCAAGGUGUAAAUGGCUAUGACUCCUGGAUGGCCACAUGUGAUCAGAGUAUUCAGUCACUCAGCAGGCAGGUGACUCAUCAAGAGUGUGUUUCUGUCUCACACCCAGCGUACCUACAGAUGUUGUUGAUUAUUAUAAAGGGAUGUCAUGCCAAAUAAUGACUUUGUUUAUUUUAUUAUUCUUUACUAAUAUUUCAUCAGUUUCUUUUCAAAGCCUAACUACGCAAAGUCUUAGUAAACCAGGACAAUGUACAAAUUGUAAGGUCAUACGUCCAGAUAGUAAUGGGCGAUAUAAACGAUAUGCGAUAUAAACGAUACAAAAUUGGCCUACGAUAGAGAUUUUAAUUCUAUUGCACUAUCGCGAUAAUGCUUGUUGAUGACGCAAUCUACCCGCGAAAUUUAGAGCCACGAGCUGCAGCUGGCUGCAAAGAAUCAUCAUAUUCGCCAUUUUGAAUAAACAUGGCUGAAAGCGUCAGCGAAACAGAGGAGCUCGUGAAAAAGACCGGUGCAACGUCUAUUAUUUGGACUUGGUUUGGAUUUAAGCCGUCUGAUGAGCAGCAGAAAAAUAUACUCUGUAGAGUGUGUGGGGCAAAAGUUCCAGCUAAGAGUGGUAACACUACUAAUCUGUUCUACCACCUCAAAACUAAACAUGUCGUUGAAUACCACCAGCAUUGCCAGGCAAUGCAGCCAACCGCAAGAUCCAGUACAAAGAAUGCAGGACAGAAAAAACAGGAACUGAUCCAAACCUCAAUCCAACAGUCAUUUUCAAAAGGUACUCCUUAUAUUAGGAAGAGCCCGCGAUGGAUUGAAAUUACCAGGGCCAUAACUGUUUACUUGUGUAAGGACAUGGUCCCUUUUCAAACGGUAGAGAGACGCGGCUUUAAAGCCAUGAUCAGAGCUAUUGAUCCACGAUAUGAGGUGCCAAGCCGCAAAUACUUCACAGAAACCGAGAUGCCAAAAUUGUAUGCCGAGCUCCGCGAAAAUGUUGAAAAAGAGCUGUGUGACUUGAAAUACUUUGCUACUACAACGGACCUGUGGUCGAGCCGUACCAUGGAGCCUUUCCUCAGUCUGACCAUUCACUAUAUAACGGAUGAUUGGAAUCUUGGCAGCCGGUGUUUGCAGACGUCGUACUUCCCCGCUGAACAUUCGGCCGAGGAGAUAGCACAAGGACUCAAGGAAGCGCUUGAGUCAUGGGGUUUUAAAGAAGAAAGCCAAGUUUGCAUUACUACUGAUAACGGAACGAACGUGGUCAAGGCAGCGUCUCUGAAUGAUUGGACCAGGCUGCAAUGCUUUGGACACAGACUGCACCUCGCCAUCGAAAAAAGUAUGAAAGACCCCCGAACUGACCGUGCUGUUGGCGUAUGCAAGAAGAUUGUGAGUGCCUUUUCAUACUCUUGGAAAAGAAGAAAAGAGUUGAAGAAAGCCCAGGCAGAGCACCAUCUUCCCUUUCAUCGGCUCAUCACAGACACACCAACAAGGUGGGGGUCACGCCAGAUGAUGAUCCAGAGGGUGCUUGAACAAGAGAAGGCACUAUCACAGGUACUGAAAGCAGACAAGAAAACCAAACACCUGGUACCCACUUGGCAAGAUACAGAUGUCUUGGAAUCUAUAAGCCGGACCCUCGGCCCACUGCUGGAAUUCACAGACGCGCUGUCUGGUGAAGAUUAUGUCAGUGUGUCGUACAUCAAACCUGUUCUCCAUAUUUUCAACAACACUGUUCUUGCUGCAGCUGAUGAUGACACUGAGCUGACCAAGGACAUGAAAAGAGUCAUCCUAGAGUACUUAAACGAGAAGUACUCGGACCCAAAAAUGGUUGACCUGUUGGAUAUGGCCUCCUUGGUCGACCCACGGUUUAAAGAUGCAUAUAUAGCUGAUGACCGCCAGGAGUUCAUCAAGACCAGAGCGGUAGCAGAAAUUCUGUCACUGUUAGAGGUGCAAGCUGCAACAGUCAGAGAGCCACUGCCACACACAAGCACAGAAGCUGCAGCUGAUGGUGCUGAAGCUGCUGAAGUAGCUGUUGAGAGGCAAUCAAAGAAAGUAAAACGGAGCCUGGGAAGCUUUUUCAAAAAGGCCUCCUCCGAUGGCACAGCUGCUCUCACUGACAGAGAGGCCAUAAAAGUGGAGCUAAAAAGUUACCUGCAGACAAUGCAGGUUGAUGCAGAGACUGAUCCACUGGACUGGUGGCGGCUGUACCAAGCUAAUUUUCCAAGGGUGGCUAGACUGGCCCAGAAAUAUCUCUGUAUCCCGGCCACAAGUGCUCCUUCAGAAAGGGCAUUUAGCUUUGGUGGCAACAUUGUUACAUGCCACCGGUCUCUGUUGAAGCCAGAGACUGUGGACAAGCUUGUGUUCCUGGCUAAUAAUCUUUAG